AUCACGUGGCCACCAAGUCAUUCUCAGAAUAUGCUGGCUGGGUGUAGCCAAUAAAAAUACAACAACCUCUCCACUGAAACUUGAUGACUUGCUCUGCUCGCCUAUAUCCACGCAACAUGCAUCAAUCCAAGAGAAUGAGACUUUAGAUCGCCUUGGCAGACAGAGUUAGUGAAAAUAAACAGAAGACUCCAGCCGAAAGUGAAAAUGGCAAAUCAAACAGACUUUCUGCCCCAGACUGAGAUGAGCACCGACAUGCAACCCUUCAACAUCACCUCAACAUCCAGCCCCUUGAACACCUCAGACUUCAUUGCCAAAAUCGCAGCCAACGACCUGACAUCCAGGGCCAACUACGUCUAUGCCCUCUGUGCCGUGCUGGGCUUGGCCUCGGCAUGCAUUCUACUCUACGGCUUAAUUCGGUCCUACAGAGCCCAGAGGCACCUGGCCUGGCUGGACUCCCUGCUCUGGGCCUUUUCCAGCUCCCAGCUCCUUCUCUUGCUCCUCUCCCUCUCUUCCGUAGCACACCGGCCCAGCUACCUGGUGACAACACACAUCGGCUGUGCUGCACUCGCCUUCACCGUCAACAUGGCAUCCCUCUGCGGGCUGUUGCUCCUGGUGUUCAUGGGAUACGCCCUGACCUUCGACACCCCAACUCACGCCCUGCUGAAGAGGCCUGGGGUCUGUGUGGCUCUGGUGGUCCUGGUUUCUAUCCUGUGCUCCUUGGUGCUAGCCAAACUCAGAGGCCCCCCCCAGGAACUGCAUUUGGAGGGCAUAUGUAUUAUAGACCCAGCUGAGGCAGGAAGGUCUUAUGCCAUGGCGAAGCUUUGUCUAGGGCUCCUAAUUCCCUACCUCCUCCUGCUGGGGCUCCUGACAGGCGGCUGCGUCCGCCAAUGGAAAUCCAGCAGCCGGUUCCUCUCCGGAUCAGAGGAAGGUCCAGUUUUCCUGGCCGUGGCUGUGGUGAUAUUUGUAUGUCAGCUAUUCCAUGGCAUUGUGCUGGUGAGGGGGGCAGGGAUGCAGCAGGCUGGUGAUCUCAGCUAUCACGAGAGGGCGUUCAUGCAUGUGUCCGAGUUUGUGAUGUUCUCUGGGAGUUGUGUGUGUCUAGUGUUAGUGCUCCUGCUGCAUAGGCCGUGCAGGGAGAGCCUUCUGGAGGUGACAAGGCAGCUCCGCGACUGCUGCCGGGGCCUGGGGGGCCGACAGACCCACAGACAGAUCAUGGCCCCCCAUAUUGAGAUCACUGACACUCAGGACUAUAACCCUUAGGUCAAUAACCAUCUCAGACAUUCUGGAUUCAGGAAUAUUAUGCCUUUUUUAAGACCGCCAAAUCUAUCCCUAUAAGCGUUGAUUCAUAUAUAUUAGAAGCUGACAGCAGAUAACUUAAAAGCAAGGCUACAUUCUGGAAGUUUACUUGCUGAUCGUUUACAUAUAAUUUUGGCUUGAAUUUGAAGACUGUAAAUAGUGUUAUUCAGUUUUGUUUUCCAAUGUACUUUUUUGUAACUUUUUCAACCUAACGAUUAUAAUCUUAUUUCAUGUAUGAUCAGCGUACUGUUACUUCACCAACCAACCGACUUUAGUAUGUGAUUUUUUUUUUCUUCUGUGAAUCGAACGAUGUCUGUACAUUUCAUUGGUGACUUUUCAAAUAUGAUGAUAGUGAAAUUGCAAACGACUUAGUGUAAAACGAAGUUGUGCAAUGACAAAUAAACCAUUAACAAUCA